CAUGGGUUUAAGGGGAGGGAACUACACAGACUUUAUAAUAUAUAAAGAUGAAAUUACCAACUAUUCAACAACAAGACAUCAACAGCAACAAGACAUCACAAGUCAACUGCUUCUACAAGACAAAGAUGGCCAGCAAACCUCUUCAUCUUCAGCCAGAGCUCAGGAUUGUGCUCGUUGGAAAGACUGGAGUUUGGAAGACUACAAUCAUGAACGCCCUCCUGGGAAACUCACCUAAGGCCUCUGCUUCCUCAGACACAACAGAGUGCCAGAUAGUGAAUAAAGUAGAGGUUGGUGAACAAAAGCUGCUUGUUAUCGACACUCCAGGUGUGCAUAACACCGAGAUGACAGAGGAAGAAAUCGUAAAAUGCAUCACAUAUGCUGCUGCUGCUGGUCCACAUGUGUUCCUGUAUGUGCUGAAGCUAGGUGCUCUGUCAACUGAAGAUUACACCACAAGGGAAAUCAUUCAGAGGAUGUUUGGUGAAGAGUCCAAAAAUUACACUUUGGCCGUGUUUAACGGUCCAUGUUCUGACACAGUUGUCAAACAAAUACAGGAAACCUUCAUCAGUGAAUUCCGCGGGGGUUACUAUUUUUUCAACAACAAAAAUACGUCCGGCAACCAAGUGUCUGGGCUACUGGAGAAGAUCAACAAAAUGGUUGAAAAGAACGAGGGGAAGAAUUACACCAGUGAGAUGCUGAAAAAGGCACAGGAAGUCAUGGAAAAAGAGGGCAUAACAUCUGACAAGCCAACAGAUGAUAAUCUGCGCGCGGGGGUUAAACUUCUUUUAAGUUUGACCGCGGGCGAGUUACUGGCAGAAUCUGUGCUAGGAAUAGUUGACUCUGUGGUGGGCCAAAUUGAGAAAAAAGUCAAAAUGUGAAUUGUCCACAAUAAGCUGAAGAUUCACCAAAAUUCAAAAAGUUACGAAGCAGCGUAAUCAUAGUGGUAAAAGGGUUUAAAUUCCAUCUAUUUUAAAUUAGAUUUUUUGCUUUUUCAUGCAGAAUUUCUUUAUCUGUUUUUAAAACGCAUGACAAUUAUACACUAUUCAAUACCCAUACAUACACGGAGCAUUAUUUAAAACUACUCAUUGUGUAAUUUGAAGGCUUAGAAUUCUGCAAAGAUGCUACAGAGUAAAACUGAAAGUCACUUAACAAUUAUGUAAGUAGGUUAAAUUUGGCAUAAGAGGUAUGUUGUCUACUAAUGCCUCAAGACUAUAGGAGCUAGUUUUAGGGAAAGAAAUUCUGCCUUUAAAAUGUGCAUUAAUAUUUGAUUCACAUUGGUCCUAAUUGUAGUUACGGGGGGAAACCGACUGCAGAUGUUGACAUCUAACCCUGUAUUACUAAAAAUGAACUUUAUGUACUACUAAUGUGCAACACCAAACGCAUUUUGAAGGAAACACAAUGCUGCCAAGAAAGGAAACAUUUUUAAAACGUAUCUAAAAACGGUGACUGUGUAUUUCAUUAGUUUUCCUAAAAUACCCGCUCUUGGCAACUACAGCAUGCUGAAUGUGUUUGUGGUCCUUGGUUAAGGUUACAGAAAGAAAGAUUGUUGUCUUGGUUUAAUAUAUUAAAAGUCAACAGUGACUUGUAGUAUGAAACAGGACAUGUUAACUUUUUAUAUAUUGGACAAAAACCACCAGCUUUAGUUUCCCUUCAUCAAAGUUUACUUGUUGUCUGACCCGAACCACACAUUGGACUCAUGACGUGAACCCUGGUCUCUGGAGUCAAAGUCCUGCGUGUGUCCACCAUCCACCCAGACCACCUCCCUGCAGCCUCUGUGUGUGGUACAAAAAGGUAGCACUUCCUUGACUGGGAAAAACAUUGCCAGGGAACAUAGUCCAGGCAGCAAUCAUGUUUCCUCCAAAGUGUGUUUGGCAAAAGCUUUUAGUAGUACAAAAAGGUCAUUUUUAGAAAGUAAACGUGAAUAAAUAUAUAAGAUGUGAUAUUUCUCCGUUAUUUCAGAAGCUCCAUUUUCCACUCUCUGGUUGAUUUAAACUGAACUGAUAAAUGUGCUGCAUCCUGUUUCACAUCUGUCUGAAUGUGCAGGUAUCAGUCACAACCAGUCUGUGCUUUUGUUUGGUUUAUAGUCUGUGGCUAUAAGAAGGCUACCUGUCAGUCUUUAGAGAACCCGAGCCUGGCCAAAGAGGCGUUCAAAGAUUUACCUGAUGCUUGCAACAAAGUCUACUGUGCUCUCGACUGUGUACGAUGCAAUACAUGUAAAAUGCAAUGAAUGAAUGCAUGAAAUGAUGCUGCAUUAAUCAAAUAUUAACAGAAAAGGUUUAAAUCAGAGUUUUGAAUCAUUGGUAUCAAUAUUAAUCUUCUUAUCAGAGGAAAAGCUGUUUCUGCAACAAAAUCACAUCAGCAAAUAAAAGAUGAUGCAAACAAAA